GAGCAGCGGUAGCGGCUUCAGUUCUAGGCUACCCGGCCGCCCGGGCAGGAACAGAGGGAGAGGAGCUACCGCCCAACGCCGCCCCUGCGCUCGGGGGCCCUGAACCCGCCCGGCUGCCGCUAACCUCCGUUCUUCCUCUGGACUGAGGAGUGCGCAGCUGGUAUCAGAGCCGAGAGGGCAAGGGAGGGCAGCGCGCAUGGCCUCGGCAGGCGCGCGGCGACUCCCGGCCGGGACGCGCGCGGCGGCCAGGGGCUGCAGCGGCCUCUCCCUGCGCCCGGCCCCGCCCCCGGUCCCUCCGCGACCGCCGGUCCCAAUGAGAUUUCUGAUCUCCUGCAGCCUCUUCUUGCCCCGGGCUGCCCAGGUCUUGGCGGCUGAGGCUGGCUUACCUCCCAGCCGUUCCUUCAUGGGCUUUGCUGCCCCCUUCACCAACAAGCGAAAGACUUACUCCGAGCGUAGGAUCAUGGGGUACUCAAUGCAGGAGAUGUACGAGGUGGUAGCCAAUGUCCAGGAGUAUCGUGAGUUUGUGCCCUGGUGUAAGAAGUCUUUGGUGGUAUCCAGCCGCAAAGGUCACCUGAAGGCCCAGUUGGAGGUUGGCUUUCCACCUGUUAUGGAACGUUAUACUUCUGCUGUUUCCAUGGUCAAACCUCACAUGGUCAAGGCUGUUUGCACCGACGGCAAGCUCUUCAACCACUUAGAGACCAUUUGGCGGUUCAGUCCUGGUAUUCCUGCCUAUCCCCGAACUUGCACUGUGGACUUCUGGAUUUCCUUUGAAUUUCGUUCUCUGCUGCACUCCCAGCUGGCCACCAUGUUUUUUGAUGAGGUUGUCAAACGGAAUGUCACUGCCUUCGAGCGCCGGGCAGCAACCAAGUUUGGUCCAGAAACAGCCAUCCCCCGUGAACUGAUGUUCCAUGAGGUGCACCAAACUUGAGGCAAAGGAUUGUUCCCUAGCCUCACCUCUCCUCUCCCUCCUCACCCAAUUCUCUUAUUUAUUUCAUUUAGCUCCUGCUCCAAUCUGAGAGAAGAGUCUAUGUUCAUAAUACUGUUCUUCCACUCAAACUGGGCUCUAAGCUGGCUGGAAAUGCUGGGGGAAAGAAAAGGCAGGGAAGUAUGGAAAGGAAUGCUUAGUAUGGAAAGUAGUAUGGAAGUAUGGAAAGGAAAGUAUGCUUAGGAAAGGGUCAGGCUCAUCUUGAGAGCCCAUAUGCCUGAUGCCUGCAACCUUCUCACACUGAAUUAUAAUCAGGACUGUAUGGUUGUCUCUGAGCUCUUGUCAAGGUGCCUUAGUGUCUGACCAGGGGAAGACAGCAACCUUUCUUAGGACUGAAUAAACUGAAUUCCUUUCUCUGACACAGAGCUACUGGGUAGUCAGUAACUUUGCCUGCUCUUGGUGAAGGGGCAGGAUAAGAACCCUGAUAAAUAAAGGGAUAUUUGCUUGUGGCAGGGGAUGAGGAGGGAGGUUUACUAUUUUUAAUGUCCUCAGCCCCUCAGGAGAUGCCUGAGAUCUGGCCCCAGCUUGAAAUCUGUAUGACCUCACUUUAAGAAUAGUUCCAUGCUGCCUGGCUAGUGGAGAGCAAGGGGCUUUCUCCCCAUCAUUGCCACAGGGGGAAAGGAGCAAAAGAGCACUGAACAGUUAUACUCUUGGGUUGUACCUUAUUCUUCCACUCCUGAGUUUUUAUAAAAUUUCAAUAAAUUAAUUGUGACAGUAUGAA